UACAGCUCACCGUCACCGCUUCCCUCAACUAUAUACAUUUAUAUUCUGAGAAAAUAUUCUUUCUUUUUUUUCAGAAGAAAAACCCUUUUUGUACUAAAAUUGGAAAGAGUGAUGGAAGAGGAGACAAGCAGAGUGAGUGAUGUGAAGGAGAAGGAUAUGAAUAUGAAUGGUGGAGUAGGAGUAGAGGUAGUGAAAGAAGAACCAGUGAUAUUUGUUGAUGAAGAUGAGAUUAUUGGAGAUUUUAGUUGUUCAGUUCCAAAGCCUCUGGAUGGGUUACGUGAUGUGGGUCCACCACCCUUUUUGAAGAAGACGUUUGAAAUGGUGGAUGAUCCGAAUACAGACUCUAUAAUCUCAUGGAGUAACAAUCAAAACAGCUUUGUUGUUUGGGAUCCUCACAACUUCUCCAUUCAUCUUCUACCUAAACACUUUAAGCACAACAACUUCUCUAGCUUUAUCCGCCAGCUCAAUACCUAUCGUUUCAGGAAAAUUGAUUCAGACAGAUGGGAAUUUGCAAAUGAGGGUUUUCAGAAAGGGAAGAAGCAUUUGCUGAUAAAUAUCAAAAGGAGAAAGCAGUAUCCACAGCAAGGAGGAGGAGGAGGAGGAGGAGGAACAGUAAAAUCUUGGCUAGGAGGUUGUUGCAAGGAUGAGGCAGCAGAGAUAGAAAAGCUGAAAAAGGAUCACGACACAUUGAAGAUGGAAAUCCUCAAGUUAAAACAACAACAAGAGAAUACAGAUAGCUAUUUAGCUAGUAUGAAGGAGAGGUUACAGAAUAGUGAAACUAGACAAAAAUAUAUGGUGAUCUUUAUGGCAAAAACAUUCAAGAACCCUCUAUUUGUUCAGCAUCUCAUUGACAAGAUGAAACAGUGGAGAAAAAAGAGGAGGUUGUGUGAUGAAAAUACUAGUGUUGUUUCAUUUCAAGAGGAAUACACAACAAUUAAGUCUGAAAUACAAACACUCUUCUCUUGUGAUGAAUCAUCAAACACUACUACUCCAGUUGAGGUACAAGAAAAAAGUCCAGACAUGGUAUCUGAGAACUACAUAUUGUGGGAAAAGCUCAUGGAAGAUGACAUGAUUUGUGAGAAUGGAGCAGAAACAGAUAAGUAUCAAAGUGACAUUGUUCUUGAACUUGAGGAUUUGAUCUCAAAGCCAUCUGAGUGUAAGUGUAUGCAUGCCUUAAAUUAAGGAGGAAGUUUGUUUGUUUGUUGA